AUGGCCCCUGCCAGCAUCAAGGUUGCUGCGAACGAUUUCCUUGAUUUCGUCAAUGCUUCUCCAACACCUUUCCAUGCGGUCAAGUCUGUCAAGGAAAGAUUGAGCAAAGUGGGCUUCAGAGAGAUCAAGGAGAAAGAAUCAUGGUCGUCUGCCUUGAGUCCUGGUGGUAAAUACUUCCUCACGAGAAAUGGCUCUACCGUCGUCGCAUUUGCCAUUGGCAAAAAGUGGAAGCCAGGAAACCCUAUCUCGAUGAUCGGUGCCCAUACCGACUCGCCCUGCUUGCGAAUUAAGCCAGUGAGCAAGAAGCAAGGCGAUGGUUUCCUCCAAGUCGGCGUUGAGACGUAUGGCGGUGGACUAUGGCAUACCUGGUUCGAUCGAGACCUUGGGCUGGCAGGACGGGUUAUGGUACGAGGAAAAGAUGGCAAUGUGGUUCAAAAACUCGUUCAUAUUGACAAACCUAUCCUGCGCAUUCCUACCCUAGCUGUCCACCUUGACCGUCAGGAAACCUUUUCCUUCAACAAAGAGACCCAACUGUUCCCUAUAGCCGGUCUAGUCUCAGCAGAACUCCAGCGUCAGGAUGAUAAGAAGAACAAAAAUUCACCCGAUGAAUCAGAAGACGAGAGCAAACCCUUCUCUCCAUUGAAAGCCAUUACAACCCGACAUCACCCUCAUAUCGUCGAGCUCAUUGCUACAGAUGCCGGAGUUACCCCAGAAAAUGUGGUUGACUUUGAACUAGUCCUUUACGAUACCCAGAAGGCUGUUCUUGGAGGUCUCAGCGAUGAAUUCAUUUUCUCCGCACGGCUUGACAAUCUCAAUCAGACAUACUGUGCAACCAUGGGCUUGAUAGAGUCUCUGAGCUCCUCCUCUGCUCUCGAGGAUGAAUCAUCUAUUCGCCUGGUUGCAUGUUUUGAUCAUGAAGAGAUUGGAAGUAUGACAGCCCAAGGUGCCUUUUCUGUGAUGCUUCCCGCCAUCAUUCGCAGACUUUCUGUCUUACCGUCUUCGAUCUUUGCUGAAGACGGGUCCGAGGAGUCGUAUGAUCAUGCCGGCGAGCCAGAGUUUUCCACGGCCUAUGAGCAGACUUUGUCGAGCUCAUUCCUACUUUCCGCUGAUAUGGCACAUUCCGUCAAUCCCAAUUAUGGUGGCAAAUAUGAGAAUGACCACAAGCCCGAAAUGAACCAAGGCCCUGUCAUCAAGGUCAACGCCAAUGCCAGGUAUGCCACAAAUUCCCCAGGCAUUGUGUUACUACAAGAGGUUGCUCGAAAGGCCAGCAAAAUGAUUGCUAGCGAUCCCGAGGGUGUUCCACUGCAAUUAUUCGUAGUACGGAACGACUCAAGUUGUGGAAGCACAAUUGGGCCCAUGCUCUCUGCCCAUCUCGGUGCACGAACACUAGACCUUGGCAAUCCUCAGCUAUCGAUGCACAGCUGCCGUGAAACUGGAGGUGCUGAUGAUGUACACCAUGCAAUUCGAUUGUUCAGCAGUUUCUUCCAGCACUAUUCAGCUCUGGAGAAGACCAUUUUGGUUGACUAA